AUGCCUCCCAUUCGCCACUCCUCGAAGCGCAAGCCGCCUCCAGACGGCUUCAGCGACCUCGAAGACCAGCUCUUGAUUUUCCAGAAUAAGAUGAAGGACGCGCAGAACAAGCCCCCACCGACGGGCCCGAAACAUCAGGCGCAAUGGGAGAUCUUCCAAAUCUCGCAUCAACGGAGUCGAUACAUUUACGACUUGUACUACGAGAAGGAGGCUAUCAGCAAGCAGCUCUACGACUGGCUUCUCAAGAACGGAUACGCUGAUGCAAUGUUAAUUGCGAAGUGGAAGAAGCAAGGAUAUGAAAAGGUUAGUCUCGGUAACCACGUGAUGACCACUCUCGAUCUUGCGCUAAUGAGGAAUCCAGCUCUGCUGCCUCCGCUGUGUCCAGACAAAAGAGACCAACUUCAACUCGACUUGCGUUUGUCGCGUGCCGAAGGCGACCCUCAAAGACGACCAGGAGGUUCAGUGUGUCAGCUGCGGGUGCCGAGGAUGCGCCUCAAGCGAUUAGGCGCGACGACACGAUGA